AACGAGCGAGGGCGAGAGCAAGAUAGUUCUGCUCUGCAAAGCCGGAGGAAGCGGGAAGAGCUGAGCGCGCGGCUGAGAGCCCCGGCCGUUCGCUAGCAUGAGUGAGUCAAGCUCCCUGUGUCCCAUGUAACGUUUCGUCGCUUGGUCCUCUGGUGGUGAGAAGAAUGGGGUCUGUUUCAGAGAUGCUCACAGCGGUGCCCCUUCACCAGAGGCCUGAUCUCCUAGAGGCCUGUGCCGACCUCAUCAAUGAAGAGUGGAAAAGGAGCAGGACCUCCCGCAUCCACUCCCUGCAGAGAUCCAGCAACAGCUUCCCCAUGUGCCUGGUGCUGAUUAGGACCCAGAGGUCGGUGGAGGACACCACAGAAGGGAAGACGGCCAAGAGUCAGUGCCAACUCCUGGGGCAUGCCAGGCUGUCCCGUGUGGUUGGCCAGCCCAAGAGCUUGUUUGUGGAGACAGUGGUUGUCGCCAAGGCCCUCCGGGGAAAGGGCUACGGCAGAAAGCUGAUGGAAGCUGUUGAGCAUUACGCCAAGUCCCGUAGCUAUAAGCGCCUGCACCUCACCACCCACGACAAGCAGCAAUUCUACGCCCACCUGGGUUACAGCUUGUCCAAGCCAGUUCAGUGUGCGGGAUUCGCGAGUUCCCUUGUACCUAUGGAGUUUCUGGAGAGCUUCUCUCCCCUUCAGCAGGACAAAGAACUUCCCACAGGGUCUGGGAAGCGUGAGCCAAGUGCAUCUUGCAGCAGUCGAUGCAGAGCAAGCCUUCCUCCAUUGCCACCUUCAGCACACCUUUCCUCAUUCACAGUUUGCUCAGUGGCUUCUCCUCCCCCACCACCGCCAUUGCUUCCUGUUCAUUCUGAUCAGCCAGCAGCCGCCACCAUUUCUCCCCCUCCCUGCCUGUCAGCUUCUGUAGCUUCCCAUGGUUCCUCACCCCAGGCCAUGAAUGCUUCUGUUCCGCCCUCGCAAUCAGCCACCGUGCCUCUUUUUGCUGCAAACCUUCCUCCCCCUCCCCCGCCUCCUCUUCCUCCCCCUCCGCUCAUGGCCCUUUCGGCAGGCCAUCCUGAUUCCUGCAAAUCUGCUUCUUCUGGCCCGUCGGGGGACAAAGACCAGAGCCAGCUGUUUCUAGAAACACCAUAUCGUGACCUGAAAGGGCGGCCCAUAUUCUGGAUGGAGAAGGACAUCUGACCCUU